UUAUCAACACUCAUGGAGCCUUACAAGCUCAAAGCCUCGCCUGGUACCGAUUUAUGGCGCAAGCCACCUGCAACAGAUGUCUCCAACGCACCCACACAGGUACUAGAAAAACUAGACUCUCAAUCAUUCUACCGCGCACGCGUUACCGUGUCUGCUCCUUGGACAAGAUUAUACGACCAGGGUGGACUCCUCAUUGUCCUCCCUGGUUCCAGUGGCUCAAAACGUCCUUGGAUUAAAGCCGGAAUAGAAUACGUAGGCGGUCGUGCGAAUCUCUCCGUCGUCGCUGCAAAGGAAUGGGCAGAUUGGAGUCUUAGCGCUCUCGAGGACAAUACAGACACAAUUACCAUCGAGUUUGAAAGGGAAAUAGUUGAUGCGAAGAAAGGCAAAGGCUCGAGUUUGUCUGUAUACCUUGUACAAGACGGAAAUCGCGCAGAGAUACCCGCAAGGAAGGUGACAUGGGCAUUCGAACACGAGGGCGACGUCGACGUCGGGAUAUAUGCUGCUCGUCCGACGAAGAAUGGCGAAUCCGACGAAGACGUUCUAUCUGUAGACCUCAAAGAUUAUCAAUCUGUUCAAAGGCUCAAGAUAUAAUAACAUCAAGGCAAUCUUGUUAUAACAAUUGUUGAGAAGCAAUGAAGCAAUGUACUAGGAUUUGGAUUUAGAUAUGGUUACAAAUAUUCUCUAUCUAGAUUAUUACACUUUCAUAGAAUAAAGGAAUUUAAGAUGCU